CGUGCUCGUCCCCGGGAGUCACCUUGCUCCGGUCGCCGUAGAGGUUUAGCGCUCCGCGUUUGACGUCCGGUCCGCUUCACCAAGCCGCUUCAGUGCGGGGACUCAGCGGGGGACGGGGCACGACAGGCGGUACAAUGGCGCAGACGAAACCCAAGACCUCCCCGAAGGCCAUCAAGUUCCUGUUCGGCGGCUUGGCCGGGAUGGGUGCUACAGUGUUCGUCCAGCCUUUAGACCUGGUGAAGAACAGGAUGCAGCUGAGCGGUCAGGGCUCCAAAGCUAGAGAAUACAAAACCAGUUUCCACGCCCUGACCUCCAUCCUUCGUAAUGAGGGCAUACAGGGCAUAUACGCUGGUCUGUCUGCAGGUCUGCUACGUCAGGCGACCUAUACUACAACCCGGUUGGGAAUCUACACAAUUCUGUUUGAGAAGAUGACCGGAGCAGAUGGCACCCCUCCCAACUUCUUCUUGAAGGCAGGGAUUGGUAUGACAGCUGGAGCCACGGGGGCAUUUGUCGGCACACCAGCAGAGGUCGCUCUCAUCAGAAUGACAGCAGAUGGCCGUCUUCCUCCAGACCAAAGGAGAGGUUAUACUAAUGUCUUUAAUGCUUUGGUCCGGAUCACCAGAGAGGAGGGACUCACCACACUCUGGAGGGGUUGUAUUCCCACUAUGGCACGAGCAGUGGUUGUGAACGCAGCUCAGCUGGCAUCAUACUCCCAGUCCAAACAGGCUCUACUAGACUCAGGUUAUUUCAAUGAUGACAUUCUGUGUCACUUCUGUGCCAGCAUGAUCAGUGGGUUGGUAACCACGGCGGCGUCCAUGCCUGUGGACAUUGUCAAGACCAGGAUUCAGAACAUGAGGAUGAUAGAUGGAAAGCCAGAGUAUAAAAACGGUUUGGAGGUGUUGUUGAAGGUGGUGAGGAACGAGGGGUUUUUCUCUCUGUGGAAAGGUUUCACUCCUUACUAUGCCCGGCUAGGACCUCACACUGUCCUCACCUUCAUCUUCCUCGAACAGAUGAACAAGUUCUACAAGAUCUACUUCCUGGACCGCUAGGACACACACACACACACACACACACACACACACACACACACACACACACACACACACACACACUUCUUAGGUGAAUAACAGUAUGAGUCAGUGUUAAAAGCAGUAUGUCCCAUCUAAAAAGCCCACCGUCAACAUGCAUCACUGACAUGUUGUACAGUCCUGCCCUGCACACACACACACACACCACACACACACACACACAGCAGUGUUGUAAGCAGGAAAUGGUUUUUGUAAGAAGGAGAAUGAACAGCUGAGGUCAUUCACACACCGGUCAAUCAUGUCAUUAUUAAUAAUGUGUGGAGAACUCUGGUGCCCCAUGGGAUUAUGGGAAGGCUCCUCUGCUGCUGUGGAGCCAGACAAGAAAUGAUGGUGGGCGACAGGUUGGAAACAAUGAAUAAAACCUGUUUUUACAGCCACAAA